CUGGUCAACACGAGCAGCCCAAGCAGAGAGCAAAGUCUAUUUCCCUCAACAUCAGAUGUUACACUCAGUUGCUGAUCCAAUCUUUCCUACGGAGACGAUAAGAGGCUGGAAAAACUGGAUCAUUAGUGAAGAAACACUAUGGCCACUUCAAGAUGACAAGCACACACUGGACUAAAUUGUUUCACUGAAACGAAACCUUCUACCAAAAAAAGAAAAAAAAUUAAGGCCUCACCUCCCAAAGUUACAAAAUGAUCAAUUCCACCACCACACAGCCUCCAGAGGAGUCCUGCUCCCGGAACAUCCUCAUCACUCAGCAGAUCAUUCCUGUGCUGUACUUUGUGGUCUUCAUCGCAGGGACCCUGCUCAAUGGUGUAUCUGGAUGGAUAUUCUUCUACGUGGCCAGCUCCAAGAGUUUCAUUGUCUAUCUCAAGAACAUCGUCGUUGCUGACUUUCUGAUGAGCCUGACCUUCCCCUUCAAGAUCCUUGCCGAUUCAGGGCUGGGGCCCUGGCAGAUCAAUGUGUUUGUGUGCAGGGUGUCUGCUGUGCUCUUCUAUGUCAAUAUGUAUGUCAGCAUCGUGUUCUUUGGGCUCAUUAGCUUUGACAGAUACUAUAAAAUUGUAAAGCCUCUCUCAACUUCUUUCAUCCAUUCAGUAAAUUACAGCAAACUCCUGUCAGUGGUGGUCUGGAUGCUCACGCUCCUUCUGGCUAUCCCCAACAUUAUCCUGACCAACCAGAAGGCUACUAACGGGAAGGUGGCGCAUAUAAAAUGUGUGAAACUUAAAAAUGAACUGGGACUUAAGUGGCACAAAGCAUCAAACUACAUCUUUGUGGGCAUCUUCUGGAUUGUGUUUUUUCUGUUGAUCAUUUUCUAUACUGCUAUCACGAGGAAAAUCUUCAAGUCCCACCUUAAGUCCAGAAGGAAUUCCACUUCGGUCAAGAAGAAAUCUAGCCGCAAUAUAUUCAGCAUCAUGUUUGUGUUUUUUGUCUGUUUUGUACCUUACCACAUUGCCAGAAUUCCCUAUACGCAGAGCCAAACAGAAGCUCAUUACAGCUGCCAGUCUAAAGAAAUUUUGCUCUAUGUAAAAGAAUUCACUCUGCUACUGUCAGCUGCAAACGUAUGCCUAGAUCCUAUUAUUUAUUUCUUUCUAUGCCAGCCAUUUAGAGAAAUCUUAUGUAAGAAACUGCACAUCCCACUAAAAGUUCAGCAUGACUCAGAAACUUCCAAAACCAAAAGAGGAAAUACAACGCAUGAAAGCACAGACACUCUGUGAAUUCCCACCUCCUUUCAAACAAAAUCCAUGUACACAUAUUACAAUCUUCAGUUACAUAAGACUAAAUAAGAAACAUGUCCAUGCUAAUAAGUAUCAUCUCUAGGCAUUACAAUCCAAUUUAGUAUAAUGAUGAAAACAAAAUAUAAGUUUCCCUGCUUUUUUAUAACA